CUCACAAAGAAGGGUACGAUGGUAAAAAGGUGGGACAAGGCAAAGUGGCAAACAAUCGCCUUGCACUUGUAUAUAUAAAAAUCACCCCGUAAACGCAGUCCCUGAGUUGUAACACCACCCCCCUCGAUCUUACCACGAUUUUUCAUCUUCCCCUUCCUCCUGUGUUGAAAAGCAAUGGCGGAUCAGCUUACCGAUGAUCAGAUCUCCGAAUUCAAGGAAGCUUUUAGCCUAUUCGAUAAGGACGGAGAUGGUUGUAUCACUACUAAGGAGCUUGGAACCGUUAUGAGAUCUCUAGGACAAAAUCCAACAGAAGCUGAGCUUCAGGACAUGAUCAAUGAGGUUGAUGCUGAUGGGAAUGGGACCAUUGAUUUCCCCGAGUUCCUGAACCUGAUGGCAAGAAAGAUGAAGGACACAGACUCUGAAGAAGAACUCAAGGAGGCUUUCCGGGUGUUUGACAAGGAUCAAAAUGGCUUCAUUUCUGCAGCUGAGCUUCGCCAUGUUAUGACAAAUCUUGGUGAGAAGCUGACUGAUGAGGAAGUUGAUGAAAUGAUCCGUGAGGCUGAUGUGGAUGGCGAUGGCCAGAUCAACUAUGAGGAAUUCGUGAAGGUGAUGAUGGCAAAGUGA